GUUAAUAUGAAAUUCGCAAUUGUAACUGUGCUUAUCGUGGCCGCCGUAGUAGGCACCCACGCCGUCGACUGGUCGUCCGUCAAGUCGCUGAACAUUGAGCCCAAAGUGCCCAUGAUUCGUCGUCAUGAUGCGCCAAAUGGUCGCAUUACCAAAGGAGAAACUGCUGGUCGUAAUCAGUUCCCCUACCAAGUGGGCCUAAUGUUGUACGUCAAUGGAGGCGCUGCCUGGUGUGGCGGCACCUUGAUCAGUGACCGUUGGAUUGUAACUGCUGCUCACUGCACAGAUGCUUUGACAACUGGUGUGGAUGUGUAUCUGGGCGCCUGGGAUCGCACCAACAAGAAGGAGGAGGGUCAGCAAAUCGUCUUUGUCGAGACUAAGAAUGUGAUCGUUCACGAAGAAUGGAAGCCCGAUACCAUUACCAACGAUAUCUCCCUGAUUAAACUGCCAGUGCCUAUCGAGUUCAACAAGAACAUUCAGCCCGCCAAGUUGCCCGUCAAGUCCGAAAAAUAUAGCAGCUAUAGCGGUGAGACAGGCAUAGCUUCCGGCUGGGGCAAGACCAGCGAUGCUGCCGCUGGAGCCACGGACAUACUGCAGUUCAUCAACUCACCCAUUAUGUCGCACACUGGUUGCGCUCCUUGGUAUGUGGGUCUGGUACAGAGCACCAACAUCUGCAUUAAGACAACUGGCGGCAUCUCCAUCUGCAAUGGUGAUUCUGGCGGCCCAUUGGUAUUGGCUGAUGGCAGCAACACUCUGAUUGGUGCCACCUCCUUUGGCAUUGGCUUUGGCUGUGAGUCCGGCUGGCCAGGUGUCUUCACUCGCAUCACCUCCUUCUUGGACUGGAUUGAGGAGCAUACCGGCAUUGUCAACAAGGGCAAUUAAAUGUUAAAUGCUUAAAGAACAAUAAAUGCUUAUUAUGCAAAAAAAACAAA